AUGGGAGCCAAUGCCCGUGGAAAUGUAUACAUUGCUGUAGACGCUACGCUCGUCGUACUGUCCACGAUUGUUGUUGCCAUUCGCGUUGCUGCGCGAGCGGCCAAGUCAACCCUAGGAUGGGAUGACUAUGUAAUAUGUCUGUCGAUUGUCCUGGCAUAUUCCAUGCUUGGGGAAGCGAUUUUCUGGGCCCGAGAUGGAGGACUAGGAAAACACAUGAGUGAGCUAAGCAUUGCAGAGAAAUGUUUCUUCGCAAACGAAAUUUCAUACACCCUUCUUGUCCCCACCAUAAAAAUGUCCAUCCUCUUACUCUACCGCCGAAUCUUCAGCGUACCCAAAUUCCAACUCGCCAGUUUACUCACUGGCAUUCUGGUCUUAUCAUGGUGUCUUUCCGUCUUCAUCACCGUCCUCCUUCAAUGUCGUCCGAUCGCCUUGAACUGGAACAAACAGCUCUCCGGUACAUGCAUUAACCCAAAACCAUUCUUCUUCGGGAACGCGAUAUCCAAUCUCAUCAUUGACGCGGUUAUCCUAGCAUUGCCGAUCCCUAUGGUUUUACAGCUCCAACUACGCCUAUCGCAGAAGCUGUCCAUUCUGGGUAUCUUCCUUCUCGGUGGAUUUGUCUGUGUCGCGAGUAUCAUGCGCGUGGUUACGCUUAAUAUUUUCGAGAACGAUGAUAUAUCCUAUUCUAUCAUGGAGGCCGCCACCUGGACCUUCGUCGAGCCUUGUGUCGGCAUUAUUUGCGCUUGUUUGCCAACUAUGCGUCCCUUGCUGCGAGCCCUGUGCUGUUCGUUCUCGUGGAGUACGGAGGAUUCUAAGGGUGCGUCCGUUGGGAGGAACUAUCGGAUGCAAAGGAUACCUACGCCUGCACCGAACGUCAAUGAUGAAGCAUGGGGCCAUGACCGUUUUGAUGAUGAAUGUGCGUUGACAGCAGGGUCAAAAUCUAGGGUCAAUGUGCAUGAUGCUUUAUAG